AUGGAAGAUGAGGGUGAUCCCAAUCCUACAUCAAUUUUAUAUGGGAGACUCUUCUUACUCACUACUAAGAAGUUGGAUACAAAAGUCGAAGAUAAUGACUGGGUCAGGUGUGCUAUCUUUAUGCUGGGAGAUGAUGCCUGUAUUUGGUGGGAGAUUGCGUCUCAGGGUCAUGACCUGAAUAACAUGACCUGGGAUGCCUUCCGGACCUUGUUUUAUGAGAAGUACUAUAAUGAGUAUAUUCGGGCAGCAAAGGGAGAAGAGUUUAUACGAUUGACUCAGGGCAACAUGACAAUGACAGAGUAUGCCACUAAGUUUGAUCGACUGGCAAAAUUUGCUUCAGAUGAGGUGGCUACUGAAGUUGCUAGAAAAGCAAAGUUUAUCCGAGGGUUGGAUGAACAUAUCGCAGGGGAUGUGAUUGUUGCUUCUAAACAACCGGGGGUUGCUCGAACUUAUGCCCAAAUAGUUGAACAAGCCCUAGUUUCUGAGGACACAGAAGAGACUCACGAAAGCCAUCUUCGGAUGGUGUUACAACGUCUCAGGGAGCAUAAGCUGCAUGCCAAGUUUAGGAAAUGUGAAUUUUGGUUGCCUCAGGUGAGUUUCUUGAGGCAUGUGGUAAGUAAAGAUGGGUAUUAUAGGAGAUUUGUUGAGGGCUUUGCAAAGAUUUCUACACCCUUAACAGAAUUGACCCAACAGAACUGCAAGUUUGUUUGGACUGCGGAUGCUCUAAGUCGAAAAGGACUAGGGCAAGUCUGUGAACUAAAGAAGACUUUAACAAAGUUGGCUGAGGAUAUGACUAGAGCGGGAAUUGAAUUUGUGAUUGGAAAACUUGCCAAUAUUACCUUGCAGUCUGAUUUGUUGGAAAGAAUUAGAGUGGCUCAACAAAGUGAUUCUGAGUUACAGGGCAUAAGGAGAAGUUAG